AUGGAGGAAGCUGUAAAUCAUCUCACAAAUUCACAAUCAACAGCCAAAACGAUGGCGGACGGUGUGAUCCCGGACUAUUGUACGCUACCGCGGCCACCGAGACCACCGGCCCGGUUGGCAUCGGUGGCAGAGUACGGCGAGCGACAGCAAGUGCCAGAUCGGGGCACAAACAGUGGCCACUUCUACACGCUGCGACCGCAGCCGGCCAAGAUGGGUGCGGUCGGUGGGCGUUUCGAUUCCACCGGCGUUGGAAGCUUCCGGAGGGAACCGACUUUGGAGGAUCUGGCCGAAUCGAACCGAAGCUUGCUGUACGAGCAGAAUAUGAGCACGUUCGAGAAUUUCUGCGAGCGGCGUAACAGUGAGCAGCAGCUGCAAACGCGCCACCAACCAGAGGAAGAGUGCAGCCGAGAGCUCGGUCCGGAAAGUUUAGGCAAUUUCUGCACACUGCGCAAAGUGCGUCGAUCGCGUAGUGGCUGCGACACGGUACAAACGCAACAGUCGGAAACGACGCGGCAUCCAUUUGGCGGUGCGUACUGUACGCUCAAGAAGAAGAAGCUGCAAUUGAAUCGGAAAUUUGUGGAAAGUUUCCUGGAAGAUCCAAACGCGAAGGUGGCAGACUAUCUGUCGGAGUUGGACGCGUACCUGGACGAGAUGGAUGGUGUGGAUGAUGAGGUGUGCGGUGCAGUUGACAGUGACGCGGGUGACAGUGCUAGCGGUAGUGAAGAACACAGUUCCGUACCGGAGCAGCCAGCGUUGAAUGGCAAGUGUCGGCGUGCAGACGGUGCGGAAUCGGUUGGUGAAAGUUUACAGUAUUACCAGCCCAAGGUACGGCGUGACAUUGCCGGUGAUGCUAGUGAGAGUGUUGGUGUGACGUUGCACGAUAUGUAUCAGGAGGAUCGUAUUAAGUUCGGUGACAUCAAGCAUUUCUGUACGCUUCCCAAGCAGAAGCGUACCCAAUUUUUGAACGCGUUCAAGCGGGGUGCUUCCAUGCGUAGGUCGGUCGUAAGUCAACCAAAAACGACCGCUGGUUGUGAGCGGGAGGCGAGCGAAAUGCAAACCAUUCCAGACGACUGCAGAAGGAUCGAGUGUGAAAGAUCACCGGAAACCAGGCACAGUACUAAUGACCAAACAUCCACCGCCACACUGCCUCGGUACGGUCAAUCAUGGCACGAUGAUGACGUUUCUCCACAUCACCAUCCUAGUUGGCAUCGGAAUUCGAUGCGCAAGAAGCACCUGAUCGAGUUGCCCGAACAGGAGAUCAUCGAACUCAACCCGUCCGAAAAUACAGCAGCGGCAACCCUAUCCAGUGCUGAUAGCAAUGAUUCUCUAUCCGGGAACAAUGAAUUGUGUUCCAUCACUACGCUACCAAUGGAUGAAAUGCCGGAAAGGGAGACACUGGGCGUUAUAUCUUCGUUGGUGGUUGCACUACCACCCUCACCGAUACCGUUUGUCGAACGAACCGAUCGGGAGCAGAUUGUAGCAUCCGCGCCACCUGCCUCGGUUUCAUCUUCUCCUGCUCCAUCACAACUGCUAGAAACCGAUCUGGAUGGAAUCGGGCAGGAACGACCGCUACGCCAAACAGGACGUCGGGCACAAUCACAGCCACGCAUCGGAUCCAUUACGGUUGUGCGGGAUGCUACCACGAACGAGCUCAUCAUAUGCACGAACAGUGUACCAGGAACUCCUACGGCACCGCCAUUAGAGGACCUGAGACCGUCGCACCAAGCCAACCAUCAUCAUCACCAGCAUCACGAUGGACGGUAUACGGGCGAGUCGGAAGGCAGUUCGAUAGGCAGCUCUCGGAACCCGAGCCCGGUGUCACUGCUAUCUACGACAACUACCUGUAGCUCGAUAGCAUCGGGUACUGAUAACGCCACCGAUAGAGCACACCGUGUAUCGGAACCUCCGCUAGAUGGAUCUACGGAUGUGGGUUCCUACUCUAGGAACAGUGAUGCAAGGGAGGAUCUCAACACCGUUCUUAGUUCGGUUCCCUCGCGCUCAUCAGCCGGCGGUCAAAGACUUCGUGACAGCUCAACCAACUCCACUACACAAAGUACGCAGGUGGAAGAACCACCCGGAACAUCGUCCGGACCGGAAGAUCGCACUGUGCCCGGUGAGGACGAGUCGGAGGUCGAUGCUAGCCCUCAGCGUAGCAGCCGCCGCAGUGAUGGCCGUCCGAAGGCACGUUGGCCACAUGCCGUCUCGCGCUCACUAGCGACCACCUUCUGCACGCUGGGCCUGUUCAACAUAUCACGCUUUGCCGUGUUUAGCGUCCAUUUCGGAGCCAACUUUGUCGUGCAGUUUUUGAUCUUCUCGCUCCUGUUCGGCAUACCGAUGCUGUGGCUGCAGAUGGUACUCGGUGCUCGGAUUCGUGGCGGCCCCGUUACGAUGUGGCGCAUCAGCCCUAUCUGUAAGGGUAUCGGCAUCGCGCUGCUAGUCGCCCAGGCCCUCAUCACGCUGUACUCGGCGAUCUCGCUUGCCUGGGUGUUGGUGUACUUCCGGGAUGCGUUCAUCAUGCGCAACGAAAAGUACCGCUGGCAGGAACCGUUCCUACCCUAUCGUGGUGUUGUUGACCAGGACAACCAAUCCUACCGGCUACCGGACACGGUGGCAGAUUACUUCAACGGUGUGGUACUGCAACGUUACUAUCUCGCACACCAAGCAUCGUCGAUUCCGGUCGGAUACGGUACACGCAAUCUGUCACCAUCGGCGACGACUUCCCGCACCAGCGGCAUUGGAGCAAUACGCUUCCAGCUGGCAUUCAAUAUGGCCAUCCUGUGGACGCUCGUGUUCGUGACCCUGUGCCGUGGCAUACGCUCGCUAGGGAAGAUCGUCAUAGGGGUGUUUCUCGGUGCGUUCGUUGCCCUAGCCGUGGUUUGCGCAAAGUUCCUCACGUUCAUCAAUUACGACAGCGUGCAAAACAUUUUCCCGUCGACGGAUUGGCAGGAUUUUUUCCUUAACUCACGCAGCUGGACGAGCGCGGCACAGGAAACCUUCCUAACGUGGGGUCUGCUCGGGGUGUCUAUCUACGCGAUCAACUGUCGAAGUAAUCGGAAGGGAAGCUGCAAUGUGCGGACGCGUCGAGAGCUACGUCGGGACGCAUUUCUGGUCGCGUUCAUCACACUCGUCGUACUGAUUCUGGCCGCCGUACUGGGUAGUGCCUGUGUGCAGAUACUGAACAGCCGGGGAUACUACUAUUUUCCGGGAUCGUACGAAAAUCUGGGCACAAACGUUUUUCUUCGGCCGGCCAAUCAACCACUUCCUCCGCAACAUGCAACCAUGCCGAACCGUUGGCUUCUCCGCUAUUCGACCGUUAUUGGUGAAAGCUUUAAACGAUCGUAUGCUGACCCGAGCCGGGAAUCCGGUUACCAGGCACUGCGGCUCGUCACCGAACUAUUCCCAGCAGCGCUCGCGGCGGCUACACCGGAGCACAUUGCGCCGGUUUGGGGUUUGGUCGGCUACAUGGCACUGGUGCUGUUCGGGUUGGGACAGCUGUGCGUGAUGUGGAAACCGAUCGCUGGCGCUAUCGGUGAUGCACCGUCCUCCAUCCUGCUGAGCUGCGUGACGGGACUGCUGCUCGGGAUGCCACUAGCUACGGAGGGUGGCAUCAACAUCGUGCACUAUCUCGACACAAUCCUCGGUGCGGCCUGGUGGGUGCUGUUGCUCUGGAUCGGACACAUCCUAGCAUUGUUCCUGGUGCGCGGUCGUCCAUUCACAAGUGACAUUCUAGUCAACGAUCUGCAGAUACUGCAAUCGUUUUCGGCAUUUGUAGCAUUCGCUUGGAACUUUCUGCUACCGAUUGGGCUUAUCUUUAUGUGCAUCAUCCAGUAUCGGCUCUCCAACAGUGCCGCCCUCUUCAACUGGUCAGCAUCAGCGACAUCGUCGGCGGGAGCGGGAGCGAACAACUACUGGCCGCUGUGGGCACGCCAGGUCGGUGGCUUUGUGCAGGUCAGCUUUUUGCUGUUGGUUCCGGUUGUAAUGGUGAUACAAAUCUAUCGCUACCUGUGUCGCGGUCCACCUGACAUAUUGGACCGCGUAGAUUUAUUACUAAGACCACCGGUAGAUGGCGAUACUAGCAACUCCAUCCGAGUAAUGCAUUCACGGCGAGCAGCAGCAUCGUCGCCCCUGCAACCGAGCACUGCCAAUGCCGGUUCCGGUCGUGAUGGUUCGGAACCAACCAUCACACUAUCCAUGGAUUCACGUUCGGUGCGUGACGCCGAUGAUGCACCACCAAAGUAUACACCGCCACCCUCUUACACCACGGCCACCGGAGCACGCAUUGCCAAGCUGCUGCGCAACAGCAUCCGACGAAGCGUGCGCCGGUUAAUAGGGGAACCGAGCGGAAGCGCACCAUCGAUCCGACCGCGUACAGCACUGCCCCAGGCGGCAGACAGCCAAUCGGCCAACCCUUCUACAGGCGAUGAACUUCCACCGCCCGACUACUGUUCCGCACUGCAACAGUACGGUGGGCCGUGCCUGAACACCGCAGGAGGGCUCGAGCUAAACCACCAUCCGGCAGCACCCCGCAUACUCUACAACUCGGCCACGUUGGGCAGCGGCCGCAGGUAUCGGUCGCUCAACGCACCCGGUGACACUGCACAGGAAACAUCACAUCAGCAAAACUUUACCGCAUCCGAUGUGCGACAGAUACUGCGACCGGGUACGGGUCAAACCGCGGGACCGAACGGUGGAUCAUGCUUCACGCAAACGCUACGCAACACACUGUUACGCCGCGGACACUCGAUGGAAAACCUCGUCCUAGCCGCGGCUCCACUCGGUGACUCGAGCAUCAUCACACUGCACGACGAUGAUGAUGACGUGUACGAUGAUGUCGGCAAUCGGACACCGGGAACCGGCAGACGGGACGCCACUAUCGGACGCGAUUCGGUGAUAUAG